UCAUGUAAUUCAACUGAAUUAUAAACAUACUGAAUGUCAUAACAGCUGUCAUAAUAAUAAUGUUAUUUAGAUGACAGUGAUAUUUGAGCUUCAUCGAUAACUUCUUAAAGACGUGAGCUUCAUGUGUGUGUGUGUGUUAUGACCUCUUCUCGCUCUGUGACCUUUGACCUGCGAGCAGCCCAAAGCUAACGGGGUGAAAACAAAGCUGUGCUCCUUAAACUCAACGAGGCGUUCCAAUGUGGGCCCUCCAGAUGAACCGAGCGCAGAAGAGAUUAAAUGAGUUACCAUGACAACACACACGCCCAUAAACAGAACCUCUUCACACAAGAACUCCUGAGGAACCUGUGAUGCUCCCCGUGAGGUGGACUGGUCCAUCCUGAUCCCCGUGAGGUGGACUGGUCCAUCCUGAUCCCCCAGAGGGGAGGGAAGUCACACUUCAUCUCAUGACUCACCACAUUCCUUCUUUCUUAUGGCCCUCAUUACAAGCUGGCCACGCCCACUUUGAUCACAGCACCGUGUCAGCUGUGCAGUGUUUACCUCCUAGUUGAGUUAAGAGGGAGGAGCUUAGAAGGGGGCGGGGCCAGCUGUCAACAGAAGAAGAAGAACCCUGGCGAGCCCCAGAGGAAGAGGAGCUGCCGGUCUGGUGGAGUCCAUUCGGCCUGGAGGAGCCAGCAGCAUGGGGGGCAGCGCGAGUCACGAGACCAGCACGAGGUCCCACAGCGCCACCUCCGACUUGGAGGGUCAGUUCGCCACGCCUGAAGCUGCCACACCUGUCCACGACCCCCCGACCUCACCUGGAGAGCUGGAGGACAACAACAACACAGAUGUGGACCAGGAGGAGCGGUUGAUAGUGACCGCUCCGGUCUGGGCUCAGGACCGUCUCCUCAGACACAACAUGGGUCAGGAUGAGCCUGCAGUGCUUCUGGAGGUCCACAUCCAGACCCUGGAAGCAGAACAAACACAGAACCUUCCAGAGGCCCGGGGCUCUGGGCCGGUCCUCCUUCCACCCUCACUGAAGGAAAGAGCUGAAGUGGCCAAAUGCACAGCGCCAUCCACAGAGCCGACCCAGGUCCCAGACCCCGUCCUGGUUGUAGAUCCUGUCCCAGAUGUGGCUCCAGCUCCAGCUCCACCUCAAGAACCAGACCCAGUCCGAACCAGGAAACCUGCAGUCAGUAAUGCUCCAGGUCCAGGUCCUGCUCCAGCUCAAGAGCCAGACUCAGUCCUUGCCAGGAAACCUGCAUUCAGUCCUGCUCCUGCUCCUGCUCCAGAUCCAGGUACAGGUCCAGGUCCAACUCUAGCUCAAGAGCCAGACUCAGUCCUUGGCAGUGAACCUGCAUUCAGUCCUGCUCCUGCUCCUGCUCCAGAUCCAGGUCCAGGUCCAGAUUCAGUCAUUAGUGGUGAACCUGCAGUCAGUCCUGCUCCUGCUCCUGCUCCAGAUCCAGGUCCAGGUCCAACUCUAGCUCAAAAACCAGACUCAGUCCUUAGCGGUGAACCUGCAUUCAGUCCUGCUCCUGCUCCUGCUCCAGAUCCAGGUCCAGUUCCAACUCUAGCUCAAGAGCCAGACUCAGUCCUUGGCAGUGAACCUGCAGCCAGUCCUGCUCCUGCUCCAGGUCCAGGUCCAACUCUAGCUCAAAAACCAGACUCAGUCCUUAGCGGUGAACCUGCAGUUAGUCCUGCUCCUGCUCCAGGUCCAGGUCCUGCUCAAACUCAAGAACCAGACUCAGUCCUCAGCGGUGACCAUGCAGUCAGUCUAGCUCUAGAGCCUCCUGAGCAGAAACCUCUUGCUGAACCAGGACCACUGUGCAACGGCCUGGACCAGACCGAGCCUGCUCAGAAGACUAAAACCAGCAAGCCCAGGCCUCCCCCCCUGAAGGUGAAGGCCCCGCUGAACCAGCUCGCCCAAACAGAUGAGGAAGAAGAACUUCCUGUUCCCACGGCAAUAUACAAAUUUGACCCGGACCAGCUGGACGACAGCUUUAACCCCUUCAACUGCGGCGGAUCCAAAAUCCAGAACUCACCCCCUCCGUUCGGUUCAGGCUCCCUCCCCAGACCGGAGACGCUCGGCGGGUCUUCGCCUGUGUGCAAGGCCAGCUUCGCAGAUCCAGAUCCAGAUCCAGCAGAGGCCAAGUCUGUGAUGCUUGAGUUCGGUCUGGAUGGGGGAGCGGUCAGCAAGCCCCCCCCAAGGAAGUUGGGCGGUAGGAAAUCCACCAGCAAACUCGCAGCUAAGAGGCAGAAGGCCAAAGGAUCUGAGGCGCCCUGCAAACCUGCAGCAGAGCCCACAGAACCAGAAUCAGUUCCUCCACCAGCAUCAGGACCAGUUCCUCCACCAGCGUCAGAACCAGUUCCUCCACCAGCAUCAGAACCAGUUCCUCCACCAGCAUCAGGACCAGUUCCUCCACCAGUGUCAGAACCAGUUCCUCCACCAGCAUCAGGACCAGUUCCUCCACCAGCGUCAGAACUAGUUCCUCCACCAGCAUCAGGACCAGUUCCUCCACCAGCGUCAGAACCAGUUCCUCCACCAGCGUCAGAACCAGUUCCUCCACCAGCGUCAGGACCAGUUCCGGAUCCUCUUCCAGACUCUUCUGCACCCCUGAGCCUCGAUGAUAUUCCUAUUCCCAAGUCGGGAGCGUAUAACUUUGAUCCCAGUCAGUGGGACGACCCGGAUUUCAACCCGUUUGGCAGCAACAGUACGAUGAGCGGCUCUCCGGUUCCCCCAAGGAUCUCCCACAACACUUCAGAAGACCCUGCGGACGCUUUCAAACCCUUAAAGUCCACGAGCGCCGAGGACUCGUCCGCCGCCGCCCCCCAGCCGCCGGAGAAGGUGAAAGACGGAGGCAGACGGAAAGUAGUGCGCCCGGCGGGGGGGAAGAAGGUGAGGCCGAUCCCCAAGAAGAGCCAAGAGGAGACCAUCAAGAGCCAAGAGGAGACCACCAAUAUCCAAGAGGAGACCAUCAAGAGCCAAAAGGAGACCACCAAGAGCCAAGAGGAGACCACCAAUAUCCAAGAGGAGACCAUCAAGAGCCAAAAGGAGACCAUCAAGAGCCAAAAAGAGACCACCAAGAGCCAAGAGGAGACCACCAAUAUCCAAAAGGAGACCAACAAGAGCCAAGAGGAGACCAUCAAGAGCCAAGAGGAGACCACCAAGAGCCAAGAGGAGACCACCAAGAGCCAAAAGGAGACCAUCAAGAGCCAAAAGGAGACCACCAAGAGCCAAGAGGAGGCCAUCACGAUGUCUCAACAGAUCCAGUCUCUCUGUUUCCUGUUGAACUCCUGUAAAGUUCAGAAACAUGAGGAGAGCCAGUCCUUGAUGCUCGAUGUGUGCAGUCAGGAGGAGGAGGAGGUGGCCCACACCCCAGAGAUCACGCAGCGGGUUCAUCACGCCACCGAUGAGGAGAAGCUCGCCUCCACCGGCAUGAAGGUCCAGGAGGAGAGAGGAGAGCCCGACUGCCUGAAGGCCCCGACAGAGAAACACCCGAUCCAUGAGGACUACGUCAUGGACGGUCCGGGCAGCACAGGUACAGCUCACCUGGAGGAGGAGGAGGACACCUGCAGCCUGAAAGACCAGCUGAGUGAGAUGUCCCUGAACCUCACGUCAAAGAUGGCCAGCGGGGACGUCCAGGACGCGGCGGCGAGGGGACGCCUGAGCGAGAUGGACAAGGCCGGCGUGCUCAGCCUGAUCCGGGGGGAGAUCGUCACGAAGGAGAUGGAGGUCAACGAGUGGAAGAGGAAGUACGAGGAGAGCCGGACCGAGGUUCUGGAGAUGAGGAAAAUAGUGACAGAGUACGAGACAACAGUGGCACAGAUGAUCGAGGACGAGCAGCAGCAGAAGUCGUUGUCCGGCAGUCAGUCCGUCCGUCAGCUGACCUCCGAGCGGGACGCGGCCAUCGCCGACCUCAACUCGGUGGAGCGCUCCUUCGCCGACCUCUUCAGGAGGUACGAGAACAUGAAGGGCGUCCUGGAGGGCUUCAAGAAGAACGAGGAGGUGCUGAAGAAGUGCGCCCAGGACUACCUGCUGCGCAUCAAGCAGGAGGAGCAGCGGUACCAGACCCUCAAGAUGCACGCCGAGGAGAAGCUGGAGCGGGCGAACGAGGACAUCGCCCAGGUGCGUUCCAAGGCCGACUCGGAGAGCGUCGGCCUGAACGCCGGCCUGAGGAAGGAGCAGAUGAAGGCGGAGUCGCUGGAGAGAGCCGUCAGUCAAAAGAAUCAAGAGAUCGAGGAGCUCACGAAGAUCUGUGAUGAACUGAUCGCCAAACUGGGGACAGAAUAGGAGCCUUUAGUGAAUGUAAACACUGCACAUGGUCAACCUCUCCCUCUCUCCCUCUCUCUCUCUCUCCCUCUCUCUCUCUUUCUCUCAUUGCUCUUUUCAUACUGAGAUAUUAAACCAGAACAAUCACGUUUCAUAUUGUGACUCAUGAGUUAUGAUGAGGUGAAACAUAUUAUGAAAGAGAUUUAUUGAGAUUUGUCUCAGAAUUUAUCAGCAAUAUGGUGGAAAACGAAUUAAAGCACAGACAUAUUUUAUUAAAUUAAACACACAUCUUUAAUUCAUUAAAGUACAGACAUAUUUUAUUACAUUAGAGCACAGACAUCUUUAAUUCAUUAAACUACAGACAUAUUUUAUUACAUUAAAACACAGACAUAUUUUAGCACAUCUUAAAUCUCAAAUAUGUAAAAUAAGAAGAGCAUGUUGCAUAAAACAUUUUAAUUUGAUGAUAUUUUGGCGGUGAUGAAACUUUGCUCCUAUUAUUCUGUAAUAUUAAAUAACUUGUUUUGCUCUGAAAGUUAGAAACAAUCUUCUUGUUGCCGUGUAGAUAUUUUAUUCAUAUUUUGUGUAAGCCCAAAUGUUUCCGUGCCUUUAUGUCUAUUUUGUAAAAGAGGUUUUCUCGGUUCUCCGUGCUGUUGUCUCCAAACGUUGUGGCCAAAGUUCUCCGUAUACAAAUAAAUAAAUAAAUAUAUAUAUAUAAAUAUUUUAUGAUCCAAAACAACCGGAACAACAAUGAGUGUUAAGGGCAGAUUGUGGAAGUCAAACACAUUGUUACAGCACAGUAUGUUUUGUACUUGAUUGUUCUGAAUAUUUGUACAAUUGAAGGACUAUAGUAUACUCAGAUUGUAUGUUAACGGAUAUAUUUUGUGCAUUCCUGAAUAAAUGGUUCAAUGUAAUUCA